GCAGGAUUGGGUGAGAUGACUUUAUUUGUUUGAGGUGUCUUAACUGUUCUUGAAAACCGCAGUUCUUAUUUUGUGACUUGCGUGCCUGUCUACACUAGAAACCACUGGGGAAAAUGAGAAUGGCGUGUUUGACAUUUUCUUACAAAGUGCUCAUCGUUGGUGUUAUCUUGGCAGUGCUAACUGAUGGUGAAAGUACGCCAUCAAGUAGCGGAGUAAAUUCUACUUCAACACCUGAUCCUGAGGUUUUCACGAGCAACUUCACUUCAACAACGGAGGAGAUUUCAACUCCAUCUCCAAGAAUUGUUACUGAAACUGCUUCCAAUUCCAAUUCAUCCUAUAACUACACCUUUGCUACCACGGAUCAAUAUAAUAAUGGCAGUACCAGUCCACAUGGUAAUGUAAGUUAUAGCCAUGCUCAGGAAAGGCAUGUCAGUGGCAUUCCAGGUAACACCUCAACUACCAGCACCACGGGAGGAGAUACCUCCACUGAGCCACAAGCCUCGACAGGUCAGACCUCAAAGCCACCUCCAGCUGCCACAACCUCUUCAACUGAGACUUCCAUUUCGAAAGAGAGCAGCACUUGGACAUCUCACUUCACUUCAACUUAUCUGAUCCUUCCAAUUCCGGAGUCAGAAAAUUCUAUCGCACCCGGCAUCCUAAUUGCAUUAUUAAUCUUGGCGCUGACUAUCGUUUUAUUAUGCUUGAUUGGUUGUUAUCUGCACCGAAGAAAACAUAGAUUUUCCUUUGACCUCUCCUACAAAACUGCUGAGGAUGUUAACAUCCCCUUGAGUAGUCCAAUGCUUUCAGGAGGCUUUGAACUUAAACCAGACCAAGAAAACAACAAAGAAGAUAUGAAGGUGAAUAACGACAAGAACGACCAUGUUCAAGCUUCAGUGCCCACUCACAAUUUGUCCAAGGAAAUCAAUGAGAAGCAAAACAACUGUGAGACGGAAAUAAACCAUCUUCCAGAAAAAGCUGACCAAGAAAGUACGGAUGUCCUUGAGGACUGGAACUUCAAGUCUGCUGCCUCUUCAUUCACCGACAUUAACCUGAUGGACUGCAUCGCCACUGAAUGACUCGAAUUCGAUUCAGAAGUCUACUCAGAUGGGAAGUCAUUUGUUUGACUGAAACCUGAAGAUGACCAUAAGUCUCACAACGUUACGUGAAGUCGAAUUUUGCCCGUUGGAUCACCAGGAAAAUAUUUACUCACAAUUCCUGUGACCGUCUGAAAAGCUUGGAUUAGUUGCAUCAUUUUUGGAAAAUGUUCCCUGAUUAACUGAAGAUUGGUGUCUUAGAUAGACACAAAAUGCUGGCAUAACUCAGCAGGACAGGCGGCAUCUCUGGAUAGAAGGAAUGGGUGACGUUAUGGGUCGAGACCGUUCUUCUGACUCAGUUAGAGACUGAAGAAGGGUCUCGACCCAAAAUGUCACCCAUUCCCUCUUUCCAUAGAUGCCGCCUGUCCCGCUGAGUUACUCCAGCAUUUUGUGUCUAUCUUCAGUUUAAACCAGCAUCUGCAGUUCCUUCCUGUACAUUGGUAUCUUAGACUUUGCAUUCACUGAAGUUGGUCUAGAAUAACAUAGGCUACUUUUCACAAGAAACAGAAUUGUUUAAGUUCAGAAUCAAUAUCUUUCAUCAGAAAAUUAAAACCAUUGAUAGCCAUUAAUAGAAAGCUCUUAAAGAUAGCGUAGUCAGUGGAUAUGGGGAGAAGGAGGGAAUGGGGUAUUGAUUGUGGAUGAUCAGCCAUGAUCACAGUGAAUGGCGGUGCUGGCUCGAAGGGUCAAAUGGCCUACUCCUGCACCUAUUGUCUAUUGUCUAAUAUAUCACAACUUUGUUGAGAUUUUUGGUAAGGAAGCCUUCAAAAUUAGAAAGCCGUUGAUCUAUAGGGCCAGAGUUUGAAUGAUUUUUACAUUUUUUAUAUACUAUAAUUCCCUAUCCUAUAAUUUGUAUAAUUAGUGCGUUCAAAUAAACAUUCAUGCUUGCUUGUGGAAUCCUUGUCGCAAUGAAAACUAUUGAAAUAAAAAUGUUAGUUGAUGCUUUUUGCUUAUGCUGUGUGCUGUGCAUAAAGGGCCAUUUAUAAAGGGCUUGUCACAGAGUGCACAUAUACUUGUUUUAAAAAUAAUUUGUAAAUAAUUCUUUAUCCUUUGUAUUUGGAACAUUUGUAAACAUUUGUGUCAAAAAUAAAUUUACAAUAAAUAUGUUAGUGACUUAUUUCAGUAAUUUAUGCUUGUAU